GGAGGAGGCACAAGGCACCCCAGCGCCUGCGCCGCUUCCGCCCCUUCCGCCGCGUCGGCCACGCCCCACCCCAGCACUGCCCUCCGCAUGCGCGGCCGCGCAUGGCUCGCACGGCGGCUGCGCCAGGCCUGAGGCGCCCAGCGGGCCGCGGCAGGCACGGCGACGGAGCAUCGCAGCAAGUGCUCGGGCGCUGCUGGCGCUCGGCCGGGCCAGCCCUGCUGCUGGCACUCGGCGCGCUGACGCUCUCCGGCGCCGACGACCCCCAGGUCCUCGCCGAGUGGAAGUCGGCGUGCGCGGCGUGCGACCCCGGGGUGUUCCUCACGGCGAAGUUUGCCUCGCCGGUGGCCGUGCAGGGCGUUGCGUUCCAGGACCUGGUGCUGGAGCGCGCGGAGGACGGCGUGGAGUGGUCCGCGGUGGCCGCCUGGCUGUCCCCGCAGCCAGGCCAGCCGCUGAGCCUCGCGGGCGCCUCCUGGCGGCCGCCCGCCUCUCUGCCGCAGGUCGGUGCCCUGGUCGACGGGGAGGGCAACUCGGUGUCCGCGGAGUGCAGCAGCACCUGCUACCAGUCGGGCGUGACGCCGGACGGCACGUUCACCCUCAACUUCUCGGAGCCCGUCUACGCCGGCGACGGGGCCGUGGAGCUCGCGCGGGGGGGGGGCUCUCCGUGGCGGGACAUGCUGGUCGUCGAGGCCGCCGACGAGAGCAGGUUCCAGUUCGACGCGAGCCAGUCGCUGGUGCACGUGGUGCCGCAGGAGUAUCUGGGCCUCUCCUCGAACUGCGCCUCGCUCUCGCUGCAGGAGAGCGUCAUCAUCCGCAUGAUGGACGGGGCCGGGGGCGCGGUGCAGGCCGGCAUCCUGAGGCAUGAGACGGCGGCUUUUUCAAUUUCAGUGCACAGCUGUUUCUUGAUUCUCGGACCUCCCUCCUCGCCCCCUCGUCCCUCGCCCUGGCUCUGGCAUGACGCUGCGUGUGUACCGUUUACAAACUUUUCUCGCCAUUUGGAGAUUUAUCCAGGAGGCGGCUAUUUCAACAUAAAGCUUGACUUAAAGCCUAAUCAAGUCUGUCCGGAGUUUUACCCGUGCAGCUUUACAUUUACGCCUGGAGAUUUGUCCAGGCAACUUUUUUCAUGAUGCAUCCGAGACAGAAGUGAUGCACAUGUCAUUUUUGUCAUCCCCAGCUCCCUUGAAUUCGUUGCGGCUUGGCGCCCUCGUCCUCCCUCCCCGCUUGCCCCCUCCCGCGUCGACCCUCUGCCUUUCCUUGCCCCCGCCCCCGCCCCCGCCCGACGACGCGACGAGACGUACUUGAGCAGCGCGCUGAGGAGCAGCGGCACGACGCUAAGCAGCACGACGCCUUCGGUCGCAACGCUGAGCAGGACGGCGCAGCAAAACCACGCCCACGAUCAGCAGCAGCGCCACCACGACAGCGACCAGCAGCACCGCCGCCAGCACCACCACGACCGAGACCAGCAGCACGACGGCGAGAAGACAGAGGUCCAGACGAACGUGGCGGAGGAGUCCGCGGACGAGGUCGAGGAGGAGGCGGAAAAGGUC